AUGACAGUACCACCUAUACCAAGACAAGAUGCUGAGUACAGUGAAAAUUAUAUUUGGGUGAAGGAGCUGAUAAUUCAAGAAGAUAACCAAUGGAAUGCUUCACUGGUGCAGCAACUUUUUGAUUCAGAAACUGCAAACCUUAUCCUACAGAUGAGAAUUCCAACAGCAACGAAGGGAAAACUCAUAUGGAACCUUACCAGAAACGGACAUUUCAGUCUCAAAUCGGCCUAUAACAAACUUCACGAAAUAAGCUUGGGUGAUACAGAUGUAUCUUUGAUGAUACAAAACACAGAGAUUCAAUGGAAAGAGAUGUGGAACAUUCAAAUCUGGCCUAGGGUCAAACAUUUCUGGUGGAAAUGCCUUGCUUACAUAUUACCCACCAAUGUCAGACUCUCUCUACGGAUGCUUAUCCCAGGAGGUUCAAGUGCUACAACAGGUCAUUACGAUGAUAUUGCUACUAUAUUUGAAGCAUGGAUGAAAACAGCACAACACACCAGCUCAGAUUCAAGAUGGCUACACCUAGCUAUGAUCGUUUCAUGGUCAAUAUGGAACAAACGAUGCGAAGUACAUUUUCAGAAAAAGAAAGCAAACCCAGAGGCAGUUGCUAGAAGGGCUAUGAGCUUUGCAAGCUACUUGGAGGGAUUAAAUUCCAAACAACAGACCAGAACCAUGGCCUCGCAUCACAUUAAACAUUCAUUGCUAUGGAAACCCCCUGCAUCACCGUUCUUUACUAUAAAUUGCGAUGCCUCUUAUGAUAAAAAUACAAAACUAACAGGGAUUGCACAUGUUCUUCGUGAUUUUGCAGGGAAAUGGCAGGGAAGCGCAUCCAAAUGCUAUGCAGGAGUAAAAGACUCCGAACAUGCAGAAUGUCUAGCGUUCCUGGAGGCUGUCAGAUGGAGCAAAGAUAGGCUACUUACACAUGUGGUUUUCGAGACACAUUUGCAAGGAAUUGAAAGCUACAUAACUAAGCAAGCACCGGUUAUAGCUUGGAAAACGAAGACAUUUUGCUUGAUGUCAUUGAGUGUCUGA